AAAAAUAAAAUAUUUCAUGAAAUACAUAAAAGCUUUCUGAUUUUUAUCAAAAAUGUUUUUUUUUUAUAUAUAUAUACUAAUAUUACUUGCUGAGAAUGAGAUGUCCACUGCAUGGGAAUUGGGAUGUUCCAUAUGGAUCCGGCCUGCUAACACUUAGGUGGGGUUAGGCCAAAAAAUCUGGGUUCCAGUUCCAGGGGGAUGAUGACAUUGAAAGGCCUCUCACCUGAGCCAUGAACUGUCCUAGUCUACUGUUCUUUUUAGCGAAAGCACGCGUGCGAAUAUGUUCGGUCACAUGUUCAUCCACAAAACUUACAGGAUGAUGGACAUACAGACAGACAGACAGGCACGUGCGAUGUGAGAACACAAUCUGCAAAAGUCAAAACUCAAAACAGGUGUUGAUGAUUCCAUCUCAUUUACUGCUUCUUCACUUGCUUCUCUCUGCCUCUUUAGCUUCUUCAAUGGCAACCCAAACCUCAAAGAACCCAGAAUCAGUCCAUGACUUCACUAUCAAGGAUGCUAAGGAAAAUGAUGUGGAUCUUAGCAUUUUCAAGGGAAAAGUGUUGCUGAUUGUUAAUGUUGCUUCAAAAUGUGGGAUGACCAACUCAAAUUACGCUGAAAUGAAUCAAUUAUAUGAGAAGUACAAAGAUCAAGGACUAGAGAUACUGGCAUUUCCAUGCAAUCAGUUUGGUGAGGAGGAACCAGGAACUAAUGAUCAGAUCACAGACUUUGUCUGCACUCGCUUCAAAUCAGAAUUUCCCAUCUUUGACAAGAUUGAUGUAAAUGGUGAGAAUGCUUCUCCACUGUACAAGUUCUUGAAGUUGGGGAAAUGGGGAAUUUUUGGUGAUGAUAUUCAGUGGAACUUCGCUAAGUUCCUUGUCAACAAGGAUGGCCAAGUUGUUGAUCGUUACUACCCCACAACUUCACCUCUUAGUCUUGAGCGUGACAUAAAGCAACUGCUGGAGAUCUCAUGAUUUGUUGGUAUAAAGGAUUCAAGAUCAUAGAAGAAUGGAAGCACAAGGAUUCUGGUUGCCCUGCGCUAUUUUUAUUAAGACUUGUUAAAUAUGUCUUGCAGAAUAAGACAAGUAUGAGACAUAGGUAUUGCAAGAUCAAGCAGUAUACUUUGUUUCUUGGCUUGAGAUCUUUCAUUCCCCAGAUUUUGGAUGUUGUAAGUUGGUUUGGAUUUGGUUACUUCUGACAUAACAAGAUAAUGUUAAUAUUUUUAUGUUAUGAGCAUUGAUGCUGAAUUUUUCGUUGUGUUCA